CGCAUUAGCCCAUAAUAGCGCUGGCAAUUGGCACUUGGCAGACCAUAAAAUUGACUUAUUAAUCUACAGGUUAAAUUAAAUUAAGCCAAGAAAGUAAGGUACAUUUGACAGAUCUAUCCAAAGAUGUCAAGCUAAUGACAAUUUUUUUUAAUUUUCUAGUCUGUGUUAAUUCCUAUGAGUAAGAGUACAUAAAUAGGUUGUCAUUUUUAAAAAUUGUAAAGUUUAUUAAAUAAAUAACUAUGUUGUUAAAGUUUAGACCAUAUUUAAGGAGACUUUUACGAAUCAAAUUACAAUAUAAACCCCUAUUUCCUACAAAAUUUUGUAGAAUACUAACUCUAAGAACAGGCUUGCCGUGCACUGUUGGAUUCUCUAUUUUAACGUUGAUUGGAUUAGAGAAGAAACUGAAUGCAGAAGAUGAAUUAAUCAUAAUGAUAAAACAUAGUUUACUUUUUAUGCAAAGAAAUGAGUAUGACAAAGCUGAGCAGUUACUUCAUGUUGCAUUAAGGCAAGCACAACAAAUGCAUCAUGAUUUAGGAGUCACUUACAUAUAUGAUUUAAUGGCUAAUUUGGCCCUGCAAAGGGAACGUCUAGAACAGGCAAAGAAGUUAUUUGUAUCUGUUGCUCAAAGAUUGAUUUCAAGUGGUGUCCCUCAAGAUGAUUUACGUAUUGUUCAAGUCAGCGUUAAACUAGCAAGAGUAAGCCACUUGCAAAAGGAAUAUGAGACAGCACAACUCGGUUUUGAUUGGUGUUUGGAAAGAAUAAAUAAUGAAUACUUAAGAAAUCCUUCCGAUGAAAUAAAGAAACUCUUAGCAAUGACUGAGGAUUGGUAUGGAAGAUUAUUUGUUGAAUGUAAAAAAUAUGAGAAUGGGUUUAAUUAUAUGCUUAGUGCAUAUAAUAAAAUGAAGGAACUAAGCGAUGUUGAUCCUGAACAUAUUGCAGUGCAACUGAAUGACAUAGGUACAGUUUGCGAUCAAAUGGAUCGUGUGGAUGAUUGUAUACUAUAUGUAUCGAAGGCACUAGACCUUGGAAAAACACUUCCAGAUAUGGAAGACCUAGGAGCUAUUUAUGUUAAUUUGGGACGAGCUUACAUGAAGAAAAGAAUGGUAGAUAGUGCUCGUCAGUAUUGUGGGUAUGGCUUAAGAUUAGCCAUAUUAAAUAAAAAUAAUGACAUUAAACAUGAAGCAGCAGAAUGUAUUGCUGAAAUCAAAAAUAUUGUAGUAUGAGUGUAAAUAAAUAUGUAGGUUUAUGAAUCAAUAAUAUAUUUAUCUGUUAAA